AUGGCUUUUUUUAUAGGGUUUAUUGAGAGCCUGGGGUUACAGCCAACUCUUUCGUCUGCUUUUUGGCCGUUGAAUUCUUCCGUAGUGCCAUCCAUUCAUAUGGAAACCGCCCUAGGCGAUUUUCCCGGGUGGAAUCUCCAACUCAUGCCAUCAUGGUGGCUGCUCGAGCGGAAUCACCGGCUAUGGGCUUUGAUGCGCAAAGCGGUACGUGUGAACUUCCUGGUAUUUCUGCUCAGUCUCUUUUUAUCCCUCUGCGCGACGCUUAUUUCCGGUUUCGAGAGCCGUUUCCGUUCGGCCUAUGGUGGACACCUCUGUGAGAUGGAGGCCCCGAGGUCGACGAUUCUGCCAUAUGUCUUCCUUCGAUUGCCCUUUUAUGGUGUCUCGUGGCUUCGGGCGUUGCUUUCGCUUGCCGGGCAGUGGCCAUUAUAUAUGACCCUACAGUGUGUGGGUGUGAUGUGGUAUAACCCACUCUACUCCGAGGUGUGGAUGAUUAGAAAGGGGCUCUUGCGACCGCACAACUCCCCAUGGGGUGCCGCCGUGGUAGAUCUUCAACACCUGCGGGACGGAGGGAAAGUGGGUGCCUCGCCGAUUUCGAAUGGUGGUGGGCCUUCCUUUGAUUCGUUUUCUAUCGUGAAGGGAUCAUUAGGGCUGGUGAUCGCGAUCUGCCGGUUGCUGCCGCACACCGUACGACUUACAGCGCUGCUUUUAAUCCGCAGUACGCCACCUACUUCGCCUACGGAAUGGCUACUGGGGGAUCAAAAGCGCUUUGCAAGCGUCAUCCCAGGUCCUUCAUCGCUAACGGAUCACCUCGAGAUUAUCAGCGUGACAGUCUUUAAACUAGUUGCCACCUCCGUCUUCGCAUUUUGUGCGUUGGUAUUCGAGAAAGUGCUUGGGGGGUGGUCUAUUCUAUUCUGUUAUGGCAUUUCAUUCGGUACGAUCAUCGGCUUUGUCAUGAACAGCUUUCUUUAUAGCUUUUACGUCUUUGAUUACCGGUACGCGCUCCAACUAUCGCCCACAAGAAGUUCACGUCUAACCUUAGUUGAGCAACUUGAGCACUAUGGCGAGUGUUGGGCGUAUAAUAUUGGCUAUGGUAGCAGCAUGACGUUGCUUUCGUACGCCUUGACGAGUAUUUUAGGUCCUGUCGGAUCGGUUUGUAUCGUUUCCGUCAUCUUUGCGUGGCAGGUAGCUUGCUCAGGCUACGCGAGGCCGAUCCCGAGUCCGUGCACGCUCCAUAUUUUUUUGCCUUGGUUUGAAAUGUUAGACUUUAUAAAACAGAAUCUAGGGCUCUUCUGGCGCCUUGCCGGAGUGGCGUGCUUGUCAGUUUUACCGCUUUGGUAUAUAUUUUUCAACAAUUGA